UACGGACGGUUCGGGUAUGGCUCAUCAGUUCAAUUCGAGCAAGAUAGCAGCAACGAGCUAAAUUGAGAGCAACAAGUGAAGCAAACCAAUUGCGAAUAAUAGCGCGCUAAAGUAAAAAAGUGCAUUUCGGUGAACAAGAGUGAAUAAAGUUGCACCAUACACAAACAGCAAAAUGUCUGCGAUCGGAAUCGAUCUAGGUACCACGUACUCUUGCGUGGGUGUGUUCCAGCAUGGUAAAGUGGAAAUCAUCGCAAACGACCAGGGUAACCGAACCACUCCCAGCUAUGUGGCUUUCUCGGACACAGAACGUCUAAUUGGUGAUGCGGCAAAGAAUCAAGUGGCGAUGAACCCCAAAAACACUGUUUUCGAUGCCAAGCGGUUGAUUGGACGCAAAUUUGACGACCCAAAGAUUCAGGCGGAUAUGAAACAUUGGCCGUUUAAAGUUGUGAACGACAGCAGCAAACCGAAAAUUGAAGUUGAAUUCAAAGGCGAAAGGAAACGAUUUGCUCCGGAGGAAAUCAGUUCGAUGGUGUUGAUCAAAAUGAAGGAAACUGCUGAGGCGUAUUUGGGAAAGACGGUGAAGAAUGCAGUUAUUACUGUUCCGGCUUAUUUCAACGAUUCUCAACGCCAAGCGACGAAAGAUGCUGGAGCGAUUGCAGGACUCAACGUGAUGAGAAUCAUCAAUGAACCAACGGCAGCUGCAUUGGCUUACGGUUUGGACAAAAAUCUCAAAGGAGAACGAAAUGUGUUGAUUUUCGAUUUGGGUGGCGGAACCUUCGACGUGUCGAUUCUCACCAUUGACGAAGGAUCGCUAUUUGAAGUGCGAGCCACUGCGGGAGAUACUCAUUUGGGAGGUGAAGAUUUCGAUAAUCGAAUGGUAUCACACUUUGUGGAAGAAUUCAAGCGUAAAUACAAAAAGGAUGUUUCAACGAAUCCACGUGCUCUGAGACGUUUGAGAACGGCGUGUGAACGAGCCAAGCGCACACUUUCAUCGAGUACCGAAGCAACGGUCGAAAUUGAUGCGCUAUUGGAUGGAAUUGAUUAUUAUACCAAAAUCUCUAGAGCUCGUUUCGAGGAACUAUGUUCGGAUUUGUUCCGCGCUACUCUACAACCAGUUGAGAAGGCCCUUUCGGAUGCCAAAAUGGAUAAAUGUUCAAUCGACGAUAUCGUUUUGGUUGGUGGUUCAACUCGAAUUCCAAAAGUGCAAUCACUUCUCCAGAACUUCUUCUGUGGAAAGUCAUUAAAUCUGUCGAUCAAUCCUGACGAAGCCGUUGCUUAUGGUGCCGCAGUACAAGCCGCCAUUCUCAGUGGAAAUAAAGACGAGAAGAUUCAGGAUGUGCUAUUGGUUGACGUGGCCCCAUUGUCACUUGGAAUCGAAACAGCCGGAGGAGUGAUGUCUCAACUGAUUGAGCGCAACAGUAGAAUUCCAUGCAAACAAACACAAACUUUCUCCACCUAUUCCGACAACCAGCCAGGUGUCUCGAUUCAGGUAUUCGAAGGGGAACGAACCAUGACCAAGGACAACAACCUACUUGGACAGUUUGAUCUAUCUGGAAUUCCUCCGGCUCCGAGAGGUGUUCCACAAAUUGAAGUCACAUUCGAUCUUGAUGCAAACGGUAUCCUGAACGUCUCCGCCAAAGAGAAGAGCACUGGAAACGAGAAGAACAUAACGAUCAAAAACGACAAAAGUCGAUUGAGCCAAGCGGAAAUUGAUAAAAUGGUUUCUGAUGCUGAGAAAUACCGCGAAGAGGACGAGAAGCAGAGGGAACGAAUUUCGGCCAGGAAUCAAUUGGAAGGUUACUGCUUCCAGUUGAAACAAUCGCUGGACACUGCUGGAGAAAAGCUGAACGAAUCGGACAAGAACACAGUGAAAGAUAAAUGCGAUGAGACACUGCGCUGGCUGGAUGGAAACACGAUGGCGGAAAAGGAUGAAUAUGAUCACAAAAUGCAGGAACUGAGCCGAUUAUGCAGUCCCAUUAUGACACGAUUACAUCAGGGUGCAGCUUCUGGUGGAGCUAACUGUGGACAACAAGCUGGUGGAUUUGGAGACCGAACGGGUCCUACUGUCGAAGAAGUGGAUUAAGCAAAUUAUAUUAUUAGCUUAAAACGACUGAUUAGAUUUUUAGUUUCAAAUAUUUAUUAUUUUAGCUCCUAGUACAAUUGAUUUUGUAUUUAUUGUUAUUAAUUUGUAAACAAGUUGACUAAAACACUCUUAAAAUUAAUUGAUAUUGGCUGAACUUGAAAAAUACAUAACUAGUUCUAUCAGA